AUGUCUCAAUUGUUUAACAGCCCCUCGCAAUCUCCAGCAGGCUUCGCUGCCCACCCCGGCGAACGGCUGGCUUCAAGCGAGGUGCCUCUGUCGAACCGAUUCAAUCCCCUCAAUCGACCGCCAGGAUCUGGACCAGGCCGAGGAUCUGCUAGAACCCCGCGAGGCUCUUCUCAAACCCCGCAAGGAUCUGGAACACGAGGAUCUGUUCGCACCCCGCAAGGAUCCGGAACACAACGAUCUAACCGUGCCCCGCAAGCAUCUGGAACAGCGGCAAACAGCUCAAGAGCUAAGGGUAGCACUGCUGCCAGUCGCACUCGCCAAGAGGAUCUCAACGACACCAGUGAAGUGGGAUGGGGUGCCCCUCCUGUUCCAGUUAUCGACCCCCUUCUUGACUGGGGAGAGGAGCCUCGUCAAUCGCCAUCUCCUGAGAGUUUCAUUGGCGCUGGUCACGAGACAGGCUUUGAGCACCAAAGCGAAACCAGGAGCUCCUCAGAUGAGGAGCGUUUGCCAAACCCCCUCAAUUUCAGUUGGGACACUGCGCCGGCAGUUCCCAAUCUUGAUCAAGCCGCUCGAGGUGACCUGGUUAGUCAGUUUCAAGCGCAAUUGAACUUCUCCGAGAGCAGCCGUGCCCUUGCCAAUCGCCUUUUUGCAGCCACCGGUGAGGAGAGAUGGCGCCUCAGUGUGCUUAUGUUUAUUCAUUUGAUGGAAAAAAACACCACUGGUUCCAGCGCGAAUAACUUACCCGCUGCUGUCAAGAACCCCUUACCAUUUACAUUCUCAAACCACAUUAAGUGCUUCUUGCGAGACAAACUCCGACUCAUCUUGACAAAAGGCAAUGUUGAUGCCUACACUCGAACAAUGACAAUUGCCGACUCGACCCCCCUCAUAAAAACACCUUUGCUACUUCUCAAGGGGCAUCUUCAAUCGCAAGACACAUCUUUUCACCAGGAUUAUUUGCCACCUGGCUACCCUUCAAGCAUUGACGCGAGCAUGAAGGUCAUUAAGCUCAUGAGAAGCUUGUUGAAAACUGAGAAGGGCCUCUUUCGCACUCUUCUGCUCUGCAACAUCAAAGAACAGAACCACCGGCCCAUCAAUGGGGCCGUCCCGAACUUGGAAGCCUUAAUUGUUUAUAUUGAUCAGCACAUGGCCGCACGGAAGCAAUUGCGAUCCAGCGAGGCCAUUCUUCGAAGUUACGAGCCAAGUGUCAAAAGUCGCUUGGCAUGUUUACGACUCUACAUUGUUACACAUCUCAUUCAUCGAGACCCAACCAACAACACAACUAACUGGGAGUUAAUUGAUCAACAGCUUGAAUAUGUCCGAAGCCAAAGUGAAGUAUACAGAAUUGCGUACGAUCGGGUAGUGGAGGCUAUUGAUAAGGAGCUAUUCGGUCAAAAGAAGAAGUUUGAGGACAUACCUCAUGAGGAUAUUAGGGUGCCAACUGAGGAGGAUGUUCAAGAAGAGAUGAAAUCAAUGUCUGGCGGUGCUCGCGGCACUCGAGAGAAUGUCGCUCUUGACUGA